AUGGUUACCCAACUAAAGAGAAAUCCCCUAGACAUCAUCAUUGUACCAGUAUAUCCUCCAGCUACUGAUAGAGAUGAUAAAAGCACAGAAAAAAAUGAUGAAGAACACAAAUCAAUUAUAAAACAUAGGAGAAAGGAAGACAUAAUUUUCUCAAUGAGAGAUUUAAAUGCUAAGAUAGACAAAGGAGUCAAUGGUUAUAUUGAUGAAGGUGUCACCAACAUUUCUGUGGGGAAUAAAGAAUUAAGGUUUGUAGGAGGGAGCACCUUCCUUCAGACACAGCAUGGAGUGAAGAACAUCCUUUUACAAGUUCUUACUGUCACAAUGAUACUGAGAAGAGCAGACAAAAAUGAUGAUGGCAAACUGUCCUUUGAUGAAUUCAGAGCUUACUUUGCUGAUGGAAUCCUGACCAGAGAUGAAUUGCAUGAACUGUUUCGCACCAUUGACACAAACAAUACAGACAACCUUGACACUGAAGAACUGUUUGAUUAUUUUUCCCAGCAUUUGGGAGAGUAUGAAAAUGUCCUGUCUGCUUUAGAAGAUCUCAAUGUAUCUAUAUUGAAGGCAAUGGACACAACCAAGAAAAACUAUCAGGAGGCUUCUAAGUUGAAACAGUUUGUGACUCGAUUUUUGCUGAAAGAAACCCUGAAUCAGCUGCAGUCUCUCCACAGUUCUCUGGAGUGUGCCAUGGAAACUACAGAGGAACAAACCCGCCAAGAAAAACAAGUGCCAGCAAAGCCAGAGGUUCUCAAAAUUCAGAAGCCAGGAAGACGUUCAAGUCGAAGACUCCAGCGAAAUAACAGUUUUUCUCCAGUUAGCCCUCUUCUUAACCCAGGCUGGCUAGAAGAGGACAACUUAUGGAUGAACCAAAUAAACAGACUUGAGAAGCUUAUUGACAGACUGGAACAGAAGGAUCUAAAGCUUGAGCCACUAGAAGAAGAGAUGCCAGAGGGAAACCCUAAAUCUCACAUACUGAUAGUUCAGCGUCAGAUGUCAGUAAUUUCAGAAGAAGUAGAGCAAUUUCGAUGUGCUCUGAAGCAGUAUGUAGACUCUGCCUCUUCUCAGGAUGGCUGUCUCCAUGUUUCCAUUCAGAAGCUUUCAAGUGAAUCCCGCUUCAUUGUUUAUGAAUUCUGGGAGAACAAUGCCUGGAAUAGACACCUCCAAAUGAACUACAGCAAGACAUUCCAAAGGAAUAAUGUGGAUUGCCUGGAAACUCCAGAACACAUUACAACUAUGCUAGUGCCUGCAUCCUGGUGGGUCCUGAACAACUAGAAGCUUCAUAAUUACCUCACAACAAGCUCUACGUUAUUCUGACACUGCAUCCAUGCAAUUACCACAUCUUUAUAUGCUUUAACAGAUCCUUCAUGGGUGCAUGUUCUAUUUAAAUACAGGACCAAGUUUUACAAAUUCCCACAAUCAUUUUCAGGAACAGCAUGAACUGGUAUUAUUGUUACAUGAUGUGACUUUAUUUAUGAUAUAUUGUAGUUUACUGUAAGUAUUAACUGUUUGUAAGGUGUCUUGAGAAUUCCUUUUGUAGAUAUAAAGCAAGAUAUACAGUUGUGUUCAAAAUUAUUCAGCCCCCAAUGCUGUAAAGGGGUUUAGGG